ACAUUUGGCUAUUCGAUAAUGGUAAUCUUAUUAAAUGUCAUGCAUGAUUUCUACUAAAAAAACAUUUAUCCACUAUAUAAUAUCAAACUUGCAAAUUUUGUUCUUCUAGUAUAUUUUAGCUAACUAAAACUGAAACUUCUAAACUCUCACCGACUUGGUAAUUGAAAACGUUUUACCGCUUCUGCCGUUUCGGGAUUUCUUCGAACUUUUUACUCUUUAGACUUUUAGUUCCUGUAGCAUUACUUAGAUGAUAAUUCCAUUGGCUAAUGCUACUUACUAGGUAAAAUAAAAUCAUGUGGUUAAGUAUAAAACAAUCGUGUAAAUAUAUUUAAACCAUUUGAAUAUAGUAUAUCUACAUAAGCUUUUUUAAGAAGAGAGAAAAAAGUUUGGAAUACUACAUUUUUGCAUGCACCAAUUCACUUUAGUUUGGUUCAAUCAUGUUGAUAUUCAAAGAUGAAAAAAAAAAACAAUUGGAAAACCAAAAACAUAGAGCUAAAAAACCGGAUUCGUUAUAAGCCACAUUAGUUGCACGAAUCAAGAAGAAGAAGAACAGAGAAGAAAAUGAAACUUAUUGGGUUCCGGAGUGGCGUAAGGAGUGAACUACAUAAAACUCCGGUCUCAAUGAAGUUAUUGUAAAAGAACGCAAAACAUGGAAUUUUCUUUUCUUUACUUUUUUUUAUACUAUUAGAAUACUAUCGUAAACGGUAUAGCAGAAUCCAAGUUUCAAAGUACGAUUUAAAAAUAAAACAAAAAUUGUAUAUAUUUGUCAACCAAGUAAGUAAGAUUAACACGGGGUAGGACACGAGUCGCGAUACUUUUAUUCUUUUUAAAAUUGUCUUAAUUUGAUAUUAUUAUUUUUUGUUAGAUAGGUUUCGUUUUCGUCUCGUUCAGUCUGAUCGAUAAUACUAAAUUUAUCGUGACCUAUAAAAGUUCCCCAGUUUUUUUUCUUGUUUCUCUUUCAUGCAAAAGCAAACAAACUCUUCUUCUCUUGUGUUCUCUCUCUCUCUCUAGCUGGCUCUUGUCUUCUCUCGUCAAAGUGAUUCUGCAUGCUUCAGACUUUUCUCAAAGACUGAUCAUACGAGCGACAUGCAUUGGUCUUGAAUUCACAGCCUAUUAAACUGAGAUUCAGUGAGUGAGGUCUGGUUUAAAGUGUUCUUGUUCUCUGUUCUUGGGAGAACACAAAAGCAGCAAAUAUAGAUUAUGGAACAUGGUUUGCCGGCUAUGAAGUCGAUCAAAUCAUUGAAGUCAUUUGUCAAGAGAAGAAACAAUCCUCAAGAUGUGGGUAAAUCCGGGUGGAGAGUAAAACCUUUUUUGCUUCUCAUGUGUACAGCACUUUUGAUCUUUUGGUAUAAGACCACUAAUAUUCAAUUCGAAGAGACUGAGCUAGAGGAAGCAGAUUAUCCCUUUGACAUGGCAGUGGAAUCUGAACCAGUCGAUGAGAAACUAAAAGGCUUGCCGCGUGGUAUCUUACAGCCUAGAUCGGACCUUGAACUAAAGCCUCUCUGGUCUAGCAAUAGUUUAAGGGCAAAGGGUGUUGAAAUGACUAACCGUAACUUGUUGGCCGUACCCGUAGGCAUUAAGCAAAAGGGUAAUGUCGAUGCCAUGGUAAAGAAGUUUCGUCCAGCGAAUUUCACUGUUGUUCUUUUCCAUUACGAUGGAAAUAUGGAUAAAUGGUGGGAUCUUGAGUGGAGUUCAAAGGCCAUUCAUAUAGUUGCACAGAACCAGACGAAAUGGUGGUUUGCAAAACGAUUUCUCCAUCCGGACGUUGUAUCCAUUUAUGAUUAUGUUUUUCUUUGGGAUGAGGAUCUUGGAGUUGAGAACUUCACACCAGAGAGGUAUUUGAAGAUAGUUAAAGCAGAGGGACUGGAGAUAUCUCAACCGGCUUUGGACCGCAACUCGACUGAAAUCCACCACAAGAUCACACUCCGUUCCAGAACAAAGAAAUUUCAUAGGAGAGUUUACAUCAAUAGAGGCACUAAGAAAUGUUCUAAUACUAGUGAAGAUCCUCCUUGCACAGGAUUUGUUGAAGGAAUGGCUCCUGUGUUUUCAAGAGCUGCUUGGUUUUGCACUUGGAAUCUUAUACAGAAUGACUUGGUUCAUGGAUGGGGAAUGGAUAUGAAACUUGGGUAUUGUGCACAGGGAGACAGGAAAAUGAAGGUAGGGAUCGUGGAUAGAGAGUACAUCUUUCAUCAAGGCAUUCAAACUUUGGGUGAGAGUGUACCUUCUGAUAAGAAGACCAGAACUCGUGACGUUAGGACUAACAGACAUGGCCAUACAACAUUUGAUUCAAGAACCUCGUGUGUGAUGAAACAAGUAGAUAAGGAGGCAGUCGACAUGGGAGCUUCAAAGGUUUGAAGAACGAUGGAAAAAAGCGGUGGAAGAAGACAAGAACUGGAUCGAUCCAUUUUCAUCGAGCUCGAAGAAGAAGCAGAAGAGUAACAGCAUUAGUAACAGAAGACUAAAGCGUGGUAACACUCACAGGGUGAAGCAUAAGAGAAGUCAAGAGACAUCAACAGCAUAACGCAUAAGAGUAGCAUAAACAAGGAUUUUUUUUACACGAGAGAUUUGCUUAGUUUUUGUAAUUAGUUUUAUAUUAUUUAACUCAGUUAUUUAGGAAGAAAAUAAGUUUAUAACCUUGUUUAACAUCCCAAAUAUUUUACUUUAAGAAUUGGGGAAAUCCAAAAGAGAUAAAUCUAAAAUGAAAAUGGUUUACAAAUUAAAA